AUGCCCCCGACGACGCCCCAGCGCCGGAAGCAGGACGAACCGGGCGGCGGCGGCGACAACUGGCGCGAGGAGGCCGUGUCCGCCGGCUCGCUGCGCCAGGUGGACCUCGACAGGGGCUCCAACGGCUGGGCCGCGCCGCCGGGGGACCUGUUCCAGCUGCGCGCGCGCGGCUACUUCUCCGGCGGCGGCGGGAAGCGCGGCAAGUCGGCCGCGUCGGCGGACUGGCUCCUCCGCCCCGCCGGCGUCGACUGGCUCCGCUCCCACGCGCGCCUCGACCACCUGCUCGCCCGCGACGACGUCCCCGUCGCCGCCGCCUUCCGCCGCGCGCGCCUCCGCAAGGACCCCAACGCCCACUUCCUCCUCGCCGUCAAUCUCCAGGUCCCCGGCCGGCCGGACGCGUACAGCUCGGUCUUCUACUUCGCGGCGGAGGCGCCCAUCCCGCCGGACUCGCUGCUCGGGCGCUUCGUCUACGGCGACGACGCGUACCGCAACGCCCGCUUCAAGAUCGUCAACCGCAUCGUCAAGGGCCCCUGGCUCGUCCGCGCCACCGUCGGCAACUACGGGGCGUGCCUCCUGGGCCGCGCGCUCACGUGCCGCUACCACAGGGGCGACGACUACCUCGAGAUCGACGUGGACAUCGGCAGCUCGGCGAUUGCCACCGCCAUCCUGCAUCUGGCGCUGGGCGCGGUCACCUCGGUGACCAUCGACAUGGGCUUCCUUGUCGAGUCCCAGUCCGAGGAGGAGCUGCCCGAAAAGCUCUUCGGCGCAGUGCGCAUCGCGCAGAUGGAGAUGGGUUCGGCGAAGUACGUGGAGACGGCGUCUGAUGAGCCUGAGACCGCCGGCAAGGCACAGCCGGGGUUCAGGGUUGGCUCGGCGAGGGUUGCCAAUGAUAGCCGCCACCAGGAACGCACCAGCGGCAAGGCCAGCAGGUCGAUGAGCUGCCAGGAACGCCUGGGCGGAGCGAUGAGUAAUUUGGAACGGAGGGAGUAUAUGAUAUAG